AUAUUAUCUCCAAACAAUCAGGAACCUCCAGACUCAAAUAUUAUAAAAUUUUAAUUAGCAAAUGUUUAACUACAAUUGAUGGGACGAUUUUUAGAUGAACCGAAUCACGGGUUCUGGGUGACUUCAGUUAUCCUGACGUCAUACCAGCCACGGUACUAAACAGAAGUAUUGGUAGUACAUAGCGAGUUUCUUGUUGAUAUGUGUUAAAACCCGAAAAACGGGAGUUCAGACGACGAACGAUAUGUUAACCACCAAGAGGAUUGUCAAUUUGCCCUCGGAUCAAGUUUAUGAUUCUCAGUACCUCCCAGUGCAGACAGAUGAUGAUUAUGAAAAGACCUAUAUCAAACAACUCAAGAAAUUCGCUAAGCAAGAAAUAAAACAGGCUAAAUUAGAACAAAAAAUUGAAGGAAAGUCUAGGAGAAAAGAACUCAAUCUUUACGAGGGAAAAUGGUUGAGAAGAAUGUCCUUUAUUUGGAAGCACACUGUUGGUCGGUUAGGUGAGGACUGGGUCUUUCUAGCCUUUCUAGGAUUCAUCAUGGCUUUGAUUAGUUAUGGAAUCGAUAAACUAGUACUUUUGUUUUCAAGUUCUAGGAUGUAUCUUUAUAAACUGGGCUUCAACAUGAGUUUGAAAUAUUUUGGAUGGAUAUUAUUGCCAUUUUGCCUCAUCAUGUUUAACGUAGCAUUCGUUUACAUUGUUGGACCCCAGAGUGCAGGUUCCGGACUACCAGAACUCAAAACAAUUCUGAGAGGAGUUGUAUUGAAAGAAUACCUAACAUUUCGAGUACUAGUUGCCAAAAUUUUUGGCAUAGCAUGUACUAUAGGCUCUGGUAUGCCUCUCGGUAAAGAGGGACCUCUUGUGCACAUGUCAAGUAUAGUCACAAGCUUAUACUCCAAUUUUUUGACGAAAAUGAGACAUUUCAAGGGAGAAGAAAUAAGGAAGACUGAAAUGUUGGCUGCUGCAUGCGCAGUUGGAGUAGCCACUACAUUCGCAGCACCUAUUGGAGGUGUUCUCUUUAGCAUCGAGGUAACAACAUCAUAUUUCGCGGUUAGAAAUUACUUUCGAGGGUUCUUCGCAGCUGUCUGCGGUGCUAUAACUUAUAGGCUACUAUCUGUAUGGAUAGAUGGUCUCAAAACAUACACGCCUGUGUUCAAAACAAACUUCUUGGUGGAGUUGCCGUUUGAUCCGCAAGAACUCAUCGCAUUUGCGAUUAUAGGUGUAGUAUGUGGCUUUGGCGGUGCACUGUAUUGUUGGUGUCACAGAAACUACGUUCUUUUCACAAAAAGAAAUAAAUUUUUAAUAUGGCUUAAUAGUUUCUGUCGAUUCGUUUAUCCAGGUUUUGUCGUGUUGGUAGUGUCUUCCAUAACAUUUCCGCCUGGUAUCGGAAGAUAUCUUGCUGGACAUCUUGCACCGAAGGGUCACGUGGACAAUCUAUUCGCUAACUUCACUUGGAUGACAGGCAACUUAAGCGACUCACAGGAAGUGAUACUUAAUAAUUGGAGAACGAACAGAACAGGUCCAUAUCUUCACCUUUUAAGUUUUAUGGGUUUCAUGUUUCUAAUGUCAAUCUUCGCUUCAACAAUGCCAGUACCAAAUGGAACUUUCAUUCCAACAUUCAGAUUUGGAGCUGCUUUCGGUAGGAUAAUUGGAGAAAUCAUGGCGACAUGGUAUCCAGAUGGUUUCUUUUAUGGCGGUCGGAAUGUUCACGUCAUACCGGGAGGUUACGCCACAGUAGGAGCAGCUGCUUUCACAGGUGCUGUAACCCAAACAGUGUCUGUAGCGGUUAUAGUAUUCGAGAUGACUGGUCAAAUCUGCCAUGCUAUACCAAUCUUGAUUGCUGUUCUUAUAGCAGUGGGAAUAUCUACCAAACUCGGUCCAAGUUGCUACAAUAAUGUUAUAAUUAUUAAGAAGCUACCCUACCUUCCUGAUCUUCUACCAAGCGUCUCAAAAAUGUACACAGUAACUGUUGAUGAUUUCAUGGUGACCAAUGUGAAAUUCAUCCAUUUAGAAAUGACGUACGUAGAAUUGGAGAAUGUACUUAAGGAAAAUCCUAAGUUGAAAACCUUUCCCAUAGUGGAAAACUCGGAAAAUAUGAUACUCUUAGGUUCUGCUAAAAGGAAUGAACUCAUUAAAUUGCUUGAAGAACAAAUUGGAAGGAAGAAAAGAUUAGAGCACAUCUUCAAGAAGGUAUUCCAAGAUUCAAAGGAAAAUUUAGCUCCUGAAGAAGAUAAGAGUUCUGAAACCACUGUAGAAACAAAUAAUAGACUGUCCACUUAUGACAACCAGACUCUGAGACAUUCUGUGUCGACGCCAGGUAUCUUCGGAGGAGAAAGUUAUGUAACUGUUGAAGGUACCUUGACGGAAGAUGAUGAUCGAUUUGAGAAACGGAAGGAGAAAGCUUUCAGGUCUAUUUUCAGGAAAGUACCAAAGAACCAAGGAAGUUUCAAAUCAUUGCUAGGUGGUUCGAAGGGGUCAAGUAUCCUACCGUCCAAAGGAAGAACGGUGAUGUUACGUCAUCCUAUACGAGACAUGAACAAAACUGAAAGAAAAAAGUGGGAGGAAGUUCAAAUGGCGUGCCUGGUUGACUUUUCCAGCUGCUGCGUAGAUCCAGCCCCUUUUCAACUAGUACAACGGACCUCACUCCUAAAAGUUCAUUCACUAUUUUCGUUGAUGGGUCUUAAUCAAGCAUAUGUAACAGCCAUCGGCAGCCUUGUUGGUGUUGUAGGUCUUAAGGAGUUGAGAAAAGCCAUUGAAGAAGCCAAUAAUGGAAUACUGAGACCAAGUGAAAUAUUAACGCAUGAUUCUUACCUUAGAAUGAAGGAUUCCACAUUUCUAUCUUAUGUAUGAUUAUUUUAUUUGAAAUACGAAAAUAAUUCGAUAAUAUUCAGAAAAUACAACCAUUUGAAUGUAGAUAACAUUGUAACUAUUAUAUAGCAUACUACAUUACAUUCCUCCUUCAAAAGAAAUAAUUUCCAUUUCUUCUCGUUCAUUUUUUUGUAUGAAAUAAAUUCAAUGAAUUUAUGGAAUGAAUUCAAAUUGAAUUAUGGUGAUAUAAUAAUUUGAAAAACAAAAAACACAUACAGUUUGUAUUUUUUACAUUCGUAAGGUUGUUGAAUCAAUAUUCCUAAUGAGAAUAUCACAGUAUUAGUUCAAAGCAGAACAAACAGGAAAAAUCAAUAAUAAUUGAUUACAAUUACACUGAACUGAAUUUAAACGUCCUACUGGGAUUAAAAAAAAAUAUCGAAACCAAUCAAGUCGCACCUUGAACAGAAUAAGAUUUCUCAUUGCUCACCUCAUGUUUCGUAAGAAAUAUAUAGGCCAUUUCAAAAUGAACAGCUAUUUUCACAUAGUCCUCUCAAUAAUUCUUAAGGAACCACAAAAUGAAAUUAGAUAUAAAAUUUGUAUAUGAAAAAAGCGUUUAAAUUUUAGGUCAAAGCAGCAUUUAAAAGCAAAAUAAUAACACAAAUUGAUAAUGGAUUACAAUUUCAAUAUAAUGAAAUUAAACUCCCGACUCAGAUGAAUAGAUAAAAUCUAUACUAAAAGAGCCCUAUAAAAUAGUCACAAUAAAACUAAAGAAUAAUAUUUUGCUUUGAACUCUGAACUUUGAAUAUUUUGUUAAAAACAUAUAAUCAUUCAAGAUGAAUAGCACUUGGAACUUUCAAUAUUUCUUCAUUUCCAACAAAGCAUAAUUUUAAGAUUUAAAUUCAUAUGAAGAAAAGUGUUCAAUCACAGGGAAUAUUUUUUUUAAUC